AGACCAUCUCUAUAUUAAUUUCCUUGUCUAGCUACACGGUUUCCAAGUCAUAGGGAGAAAGCAUGGGUGGUGGAGGAGACUUCAUGGUAACAGUGAGCAGGAAGGAGGUAGUGGCGGCUGCGCUGCCUGUGCAGGAGUACUGGCUGCCACAAUCUAACCUGGACUUGCUUUUGCCUCCAGUAGAUGUGGGUGUGUUUUUCUGUUACAAGAAGCCACAUGGGAGUGGGAAUGGAGGUGAUGAAUUGAGGUUUGGGUCCAUGGUUAGGGUUGUGAAGGAGGCCUUGGCCCAAGCACUGGUGUCCUAUUAUGCAUUUGCAGGCGAGGUUGUGAGUAACUCAGUGGGUGAGCCUGAGCUUCUAUGCAACAACCGCGGGGUGGAUUUCACAGAGGCCUAUGCGGAUGUGCAACUACAAGACCUCAAUUUGUAUAACCCUGAUGACAGCAUUGAAGGCAAGCUUGUCCCUAAGAAGAAGAAUGGAGUCCUCUCAGUACAGGUGACUGAGCUCAAAUGUGGCGGAGCUGUGGUGGGCUGUACAUUUGAUCAUCGCAUAGCAGACGCCUAUUCUGCCAAUUUGUUCAUCGUUUCAUGGGCUGAGAUGGCUCAGUCCAAGCCAUUAUCUGUAAUACCAUCUUUCAGGCGCUCUCUUCUCAACCCUCGACGUCCAGGCUCCUACCAUCCGUCCCUCGAUGAGAUGUAUGUCCCCAUCUCAGCCUUACCUCCUCCCAAGGCUCCGCAGCCCGGUGCUGAGCAUCUCAUAAGCCGCCUUUACUAUGUCAGUGCUGAACAGCUCAGUCUGCUCCAAACACUAGCCAGCAGCGGCGGAAUCCGCAAGAGGACUAAGCUAGAGUCUCUCAGUGCAUUUUUAUGGAAGAUGAUAGCCAAAAGUGCUGUCAUGGAGAAUGCAAACAAAAAGAUAUGCAAGAUGGGCAUUGUGGUAGAUGGAAGAGGGCGGUUAAGCAGUGGGGAUGAAGAUAAAACGGCUCUGAUGGCCACUUACUUUGGAAAUGUACUGUCCAUUCCCUUUGGUGAGAAGAUAAUUUGUGACCUGAAAGAGCAACCAUUGAGUUGGGUGGCAGAUGCAGUGCAUGACUUCCUAGAAAGGGCAGUGACCAAGGAGCAUUUCUUGGGCCUCAUAGAUUGGGUGGAGACUCACCGUCCGGAGCCGGCUUUAGCAAAAAUAUACUGCAGUGGCAGUAGCGAUGGACCAGCAUUUGUGGUGUCAUCAGGGCAGAGAUUCCCGGCGUCAAAGGUGGACUUCGGGUGGGGGAGACCGGCUCUGGGGUCAUACCAUUUUCCAUGGGGUGGGGAUGCUGGGUACGUGAUGCCAAUGCCGAGUCCGGCAAGAGAUGGCGACUGGGUGGUGUACAUGCAUCUGCUGAAUGGCCAGAUAGAGUUGAUUGAGAAUCAGGGAGCUCAUAUCUUUAGGCCUUUAACAUCCGAUUAUCUUAAAUUAGCUGACUUCCCUCACCUAAGUUAAUUAGCAAUAUGCCUGAUACAUAUAUGUCUGCACGUAGAUGUAUUAAUGUAGCACCUUGAACUG